UAUCAUCUCUGUUUUUACAAUGUCUAAAAUUUAAAACCGAUAAUCCGGUCUAAUUAGAUCUUUAAAAUUCAAAUUAUAUCAUCAUUAGCUAGAAUUAUUUGAUCUAAUCUUAUUAUGAUAUAAUCUUAUAUAUUUAUUUUUCAUCACAUUUACAAAUAUAUUCUUUAUAGAUAUGUUUGUGUUCCCAAUUUCUGCAUUCUUGGUGAGAAAAAUACAAACCAAAAUCAGCUCAAAAUAUUAGUAUAUAUCUAUAAUCGAGGAUAAUAAUUUUAUUCUCAUCUCUAUUUUUAUUUAUUUUGUGGUUUAGAUAACUUCUCUAAAAGUUAAUAUGGGUUAGGAAUUAGGAGUUAGUACUAGUCGAGUAUGAUUAGGAAAUUUAGUUGGUUUGGGUGUCCUUAGCCACUAUAUAUAUGGUGGAGAAGAUAGGUCAAGAAACCAUUCAUCAUCACCAUCUUCCUACUUUGUUUCUAAGCUUCUGUCGUCAGAUCUCUCUCUCUCUCUCAUUUCCUGGAGAUAUGUCAGAGAACAAAAAUAAUGCAGAGAAUCUUAGCAAUGCCUUUGUGGAGCAUUACUAUUACAUUCUUAACGAAGCACCUCGCUAUCUUCAUAUCUUCUAUAAUGAACCCUGUCUGUUUAACCGUCGUGAUCCUGUAACCCAUGUCAAGAAAACUUUCUGGACUAGGGAAGAAGUGAAAGAUGAGUUUCUGGCUAUGCGAUACGAAGAUUACACGGCUGAGAUUGAGACUUCACUUGGUAUACCAUAUCCUAUGGAGGAUGAUCGUGUUAUUGUGUUCGUCAAUGGAUACUUGACAAGGAAGAAAGAUAACGUGAGGGGCAAGUUUACGCAAACGUUUCUCGUGACUCAACAAGACAUCGGUUUCAGAAUCUUAAACGAUAUUUUCAGGUUCAAGGAGACGCAGAUCCCAACCUUAAAUCCGAUUGCUCUUUCUCCUCACAAACCGGCAGCAACAGAGAACUAAGCUUUCCUGCUUGAGAAAGCUCCAAGCAAAGGGGACGAUGAUGAUGAAUUAUGUGUUUCAGUUUUAGGGUUCUAGACUUACAUAUAAGUGUUCUCCAAAGUUCGUUGUGAGUUGGGUUUCUAGGUUUAGGGAUCCUAGGAAAUUAGGAAUCGAAUCAAAAGAUGUAGGUUCCUAUGAAUAUAAAAUCCUUUUCUAGUCUUUUCAUAGAGAUUUAUCUUUGGUUUAUAGUAAAUCUCAUUGUUUCAGAUGUUGGAAAAGUUUCAAAAUUAUAAUCAGAAAAAUUCCAACACAUCUUAUUAUAUUUUUGAACGUUUGAUCCACUUCUAUUCAAGUUCUGCAUUUGAACGAAAAAAAACUAGAAAAGUUAAUUAGAAGGUUGCACAAGUAGUGGAGCUAUAAUGUUUCUUUGAUGUC